CACUUGACGAUUGUUAAAGCUAGGACGUUGCCGUUCGACCUGGAUCCGACGUUGCCUGUCUGAUCAACAUUAGCCUGCACUAUCCUCCAGUUUCAAGCAGACUGGGCGCAGGACAACACGCGACAAGCACACACAUCGCCGUCGCCCUACGAUACGCCGCCCACCUCGAGCAACACACACACGCAGCCAUGGCGGUUCCACUUCACGCACUGCUGCUUCAGUUCCAGCCCGAGGCUGAGGAGCUGAAGGUGCAUCAGAGAUAUGACCAAUCUGCGCGGCAGUUUGUCAAGCAGCUCGACAACGUCUCGGCAACACAUUGGAUGAAGGGAGCAGACACGCCAGAAGACAUAAUAGAGAUUCUCAACCCCGCAGUCAACUCAAUAGCCUACGCCUUCAUGCUCCGCCACCGCAUCGCCGCAGCAGUCGAGAAGCCGGCGUCGCACAAGCUGAUAGAGCCCGGCGGCGCGCUAUGGAAUAGGCUGGUGCUGUUCCUGGAGACCUUUGACCCGGUGCAGAUGCGUUACGCUGGACACGAGUACAAAAGGCUUGUCGACUUCGUCGAGCCGCUGGCGCGCGAAGCUGGCUCGCCCGGCCUGGCCAUAGCACCCAUACGCUCAGCAAUGAUCCGCCUCGACCCUACCACAGGCACCCUGACCUCCACACACGUCGACUUCAUACGGCUCUGCCUCGAGGCACGGUCGUACGCCGCCGCCGAACCCAUCCUCGACAACUACAUCCACAGUCUGCCCUCGUUCAUCCCCGCGGCUACUCGCGAAGGGUUCGAGUACUCAGUGCCGUGUGCAGACGUCGCGCGGAGCGGUGAGUACAUUCACCGAACCUCAGGCCAUUCAGACAGAGUCUCGUAUGUAGAUCUGCAAGAGUACUAUGUGCUUGGGGCCAUGGCGUAUCUCGGCCUGCGGGAGUUCGGAAAGGCGCAGCACUUCUUGGAGCAUGUUCUGGUCAUGCCGUCUGCCAAUGUUGCAAACGGGCUGAUGCUGGAGGCCUACAAGAAAUGGGUGCUGCUGAACUGUUUGGUGUCCGGCGAGGCUAAGCACAUCCCGCGGUCGGCCAAUCCAGCGGCAAUCAAGCAGGUCAGGUCAGCUUCCAAGGCCUACGAGGCUGUUGCAGAGGCGUACUCGCAUCUCAGCAACAUGUCAAAGCUGAAGGCUCAGAUCAACGCAGGUGCCCAGAUCUGGGCAGAGGACGGCAACACUGGCCUCGUCCAAGCCGUACUCGACAGUCAGAUGAGGGCAUACGUCUCGCGACUAUCACGGACAUUCUCGGCAAUUCCGGUGUCAAACAUUGCGAGAAACGUAGGCGGUAGCGCCGAGGAAAUGGCACAAUAUCUCGAAGGGCUAAUCAGGGAUGGGCACCUAAACGCGCGCUUGGAGCAGACGGACAAACCAGAAGCAGGGAUCGUGCUGCGGUUCUACCUCGACCCCACACAGGGGCCGCUCGCCAAGUCGGAGAAGCAGCAGCAGCAGGCGCUGUUCGAGCAGACGCAGCGCACAAACACGCUCGCAGACCAGGUCAGGGACGCCGACUACCGGCUGACGCUCACGAAGGAGUUUGUCGAGAACCUGAAGCGGCAGCAGAAGAGGCAGGGGGUGUCGAACGAUGCCAUGGACACUGCGUGGGACGACGGGGUGGAAGAGGAGGACAUUAUGGUAGACUUGUGAGAGGGGGUGGGUUGAGCACGAUGACUAAGCUGGCGGACUGCAGAUGGUCCGGGAGGUGAUGGAGAAACAGAUAUGCAGCAGGGGUUGGAGCGGUGGCGCACAGAAGCAGAGGGGGGGCAUUGAUGGACAGUGCUGGAUGGACUGAUGCGGAGGACAUGACGCAAAACGGUGGUGCAUGAAACGCGUAGCAGGUGAACCCAAACAGGAGACGGGCACAUGGUCUGGCGGGCUCGCGAGCAUGAAGGGCAGCUGUAACAGCGUGGAGAUGACGGGCGGGGGACAUGCAGCGUCUGCAGUGGUACACGAAUAAUGGACAAUUGAGAUGGCUGUG